CGCUGUCACCGCCACGGCCUCCCCCGCCCGGCGCCAUGGCCGCUGCGGCCGGGGACGGCGCGGUGAAGCCGCUGCAGGGCGCCAUGAAGCUGGCCAACGGGGCCAUCGAGCUGGACACCGGCAACCGGCCUCGGGAGGCGUACGUGGAGUACCUGAGGAGCAUCCACUACAUCUCGCAGGUGCUGCUGGAAGAAGCGGAAACCACCCCAGAAGGUGGAGACACUCUGGCCCCAGACACCUCAAAGAUGCUGAAACUGGCUGAGCAGUGUCUGGAGAGGGCCCAGUCAACAGCUGCCCAGCUCGGGAAAACACACCUGAAGCCAGCUGUGCCCGUGGCUGCUCCGGGCACCUCAUCCACCAGUCGACAUCGCCGGGUGUACUCGGAUGAAGGGGGGAAACUAUCUCCAUUUCUGCCGCCCGAGAUCUUCCAGAAGCUGCAGGUGGUAGAGUCACAAGGUUCUAAGAAGGAGCUGACCCCUCUGGAGGAGGCGUCUCUGCAGAACCAGAAGCUGAAGGCCGCCUACGAGGCACGGAUGGCCCGUCUGGACCCCAGCCAGGCCGUGCAGAAGACCUCCCUGACCUUGUCCCUGCAACGACAGAUGCUGGAGAACCUUGUGAUCGCCAAAGCCCGGGAGGAGACACUGCACAGGAAGAUGGAGGAGCGCCGGCUACGGCUCCAGGAGGCAGCCAACAGGAGGUUCUGCAGUCAAGUCGCCCUGACCCCAGAGGAGCGGGAGCAGCGGGCCCUCUAUGCCGCCAUCCUCGAGUACGAGCAAGACCACGACUGGCCGAAGCACUGGAAGGCCCGGCUCAAGAAAAGCCCCGGGGACCUGUCGCUCGUGACCAGCCUGGUCUCCCACCUGCUCAGCAUCCCCGACCACCCCAUCUCGCAGCUCCUGAAGAAGCUCCAGUGUGCGGUGUACCAGACGCUGUACCCCCUCGUCAGCAGGGCCGCUGUGGGCGCCGCCCCCACCCCCAGCUGCUGCUCUCUGCCCCCGGAUGCUGACGGGCUGCUGGCCCCUGGAAGCCGGCGACUCCGGCCCUCGCACAGCCUCUACUGCAUGCUCUCCCCCGCGGAGCCCAGCCCGGCCCCGCAGCCGCCGGAGGGAACCCACGCCCGUCCCCCCGUGCCCCCUCCUCACGCCGGCGCCCCAGACCGAGGGCCGGACAGCAGCCCCGCGGGACCCUCCUCGCCCCUGGCUCACAGCUGGACCGGUGUGCAGGGCAAAGACAGCUCCUUUGAGGACCUCGAACACUUCUUGGCUACUUCUGAGGGGUGGGGCCGGGGGCGAGGGUGGCCCCCUGAGCCCCAGACGAUGGGCGUGAAGAAGGAGCCGCUGCAGGAGCAGCUGGAGAGCACCGUGAAGGACAUACACGGCGCCAUCGACAGGCUGCUCUCGCUGACCCUCCUGGCUUUCGAAGGCCUGAACGCAACCGCCUCCAAGGACCGAUGCCUGGCCUGCAUCGAGGAGCCCUUCUUCUCUCCACUCUGGCCCCUGCUGCUGGCGCUCUACAGGAGCGUGCACCGCCUCCGGGAGGCCGCCCUGAGCAGGAGCAUGGAACUCUACAGGAACGCGUCCCCCGCCGCCGUGGGCGUUCCCAGGAAGCUCCUGCCCCGGGACCUGGAGGCCUCGGGCGCCGGUGCUUACCCCUACUGCGCGGCGGCCCGAGAGCUGGGCCUGCUGGUCCUGGAGAGCUGUCCGCAGAAGAAGCUGGAGUGCAUCGUGCGCGUGCUCCGGGUCAUCUGCGCCUGCGCCGAGGAUUACUGCCGCGCCCAGGAGGCCGCCCCGGAGGCCAGACCCCUACUGGGUGCCACGGCCAUUGGUGCCGAUGACCUGCUGCCUAUCUUGUCCUUUGUGGUGCUGAGAAGUGGCCUCCCCCAGUUGGUGUCGGAGUGCGCAGCCCUGGAGGAGUUCAUCCAUGAGGGGUACCUGAUCGGAGAGGAGGGCUACUGCCUGACCUCACUGCAGAGUGCCCUGAACUACGUGGAGCUGCUGCCCCGAGGGGCUCUGGGCAAGUAGAGGAGGACACGACCCGCUGAGGACCGUCCAGGAGUCACCCGCUCUUGGGGGGCAGUAGGCCAGCUGUGCCGGGGCUCUGCUGCUCUCACACCUGCCCUAACCUGACAUCUGUCCCCAGGGACCUGAUGAGACCCCUCUGUUCCUCAGAGGACAGAGCUGAGCUCAACCAGCUCCUAGGAAGUAGGCCUGAGAGGCUCCAUGCUGGAGCGGCAAACACUGGACUCCCCUGGGACCCACACAGCCCCACAUCUCCAUGGUCGGGAGGGGACCCUGGGCCUGGCAGAGGGCAGGUGUGGUUCUCUCCUUCCCGUUCCCUGUGACAGUGAGCUUCCAGCACCGGUGUCUGGUUAGGGUCAAGAAGAGGACCUGUCCCCACCCCUGCCUCCCACCCAUGGGACCCAGGUGGUUUGCAACCAUACUAUUUACUCCUGGGCACGGAUCACUCCAUUCUGCCCUGGAGCCCAGGGACGCCCAGGGCUCCCACCUGUGUCUGGGGCCUCUGAGCUGCUCCAGCCCUUGGUGUGGUAAGCACUGGACUUGCGGGGACCCUUGGCCACUUCCCAUCCCUGCAUGUCCCCUCCUGGGCCAGUGUGAACCCAGGGUCAGUGCCUGUCUGUAGCCCAGUGUCCACUCUGUCACAUGCCCCAGGAAGCCACUGACACCGCUAACAAUAAAGAGGUCACUGGUAUCUUAA